GUGCACCAGCUGGACUGGCCCGCGGAAUUCUGGGCAGAGGCAGCAGACGUGGGCUCCUUCGCCGUGCCGGAUGGCUUUUUGUUGCGGCUGGUGCCCUCACCACAGGGACGCUUUCCCAAGAAUCACAGCUUCUGGAGGUGGCAGGCGCACUUCCCCGCGCAUUUUCAGCAGAACGCAGCCGCGGCAGCGAGGCUGCGAGCGUACUCCUUGAAGCCUGUGGUCCUGCUGCUGAGUGAUUGCGAUGUGUGUCUUUUCUUGGAUGCGGACAACGCUGCCUUGCGUCCACCACAGGAGCUUCUCCCCCACUUGUCUCAUGCUAUUUUCUGGCCGGAUUUUUGGAAGGUGCCAAGGCCCAUGCUGGGCACCGUCUCGCAGGAGAGCGGCCAGCUUCUGGUGAACAAGUCCAUGGUGGAG